GCUCACAGCAGUUUCCGGUUCCGGUGCCUCAGACGAUGGUGACAGGAGUAAUGGAGGCGGUGGACAAUCCGUGGCUGGAACCCGAGCGGAAUCCGCCGGCAUCCGCUCCAACGAGUGACAAUGAGCAGAAAUUAUUAAACAAAAGCCGCCGAGUUAGGAGCAAUCAGUGCAUCACGCAGGAUGUGUCCACUCGGCCCCUAAGCCUGCGCGUUGAUGAGACUGCUGUGGAGGAGGCCUCCGCCGACAGCCCAAGCCCCUGUGACGGAGACACCGGAGAAGAAUCAGCAGCUAGUACUCCGGCACCAAGUGUCGGGGACACCGGAGAGGAGCUGGCGGCGGAUUCCACCGCAGACACUGGCGAGGAGUCUGCAGCUGAUUCCACUGGUCCCAGUGACGGAGACUCUGGGGAAGAAUCAGCAGCUGAUUCCACGGGACCCCAUGACACAGGAGAAGAGUCAGCCGCAGAUUCCACGGGCCCAAGCGAUGGUGAUACUGGAGAGGAGUCAGCAGCUGACAGCCCUGCUCCCUGUAAAAUCGACAGACUACUGGAUACGGCGGCUGAUUCCACUGGCCCAAGUGACAGGGACAUUAGGGAGGAGACAGCUGCAGACAGCCCUGGCCCGUGUGAUACGGAUAGUAUAGAGCAGGCGGCUGCAGCUAGCCCUGGUCCCUGUGAUGGCGACACUGUCGGGGAGACUGCUGCUGACAGUCCUGGUCCCUGUGACACAGAUACCAUGCAGCAGGGCACUGCAGUUAGUCCUGGCCCAUGUGAUACGGACCCUGUGGGGGACACAGCUGCCGACAGUCCUGGCCCCUGUGACACAGACACCAUCGAGCAGGGAGCUGCAGGUAGCCCUGGUCCCUGUGAUACAGACACUGUCAGGGAGACAGCUGCAGGUAGCCCCGGUCCCUGUGAUACAGACACUGGUGGGGACACAGCUGCAGCGAGUCCUGGUCCAUGUGAUACGGACACGGUGGGGGAGACAGCAGCUGAUAGUCCAGGUCCCUGUGAUGGAGACACUGUAGGGGAUAUGGCUGCAGAUAGCCCUGGCCCCUGUGAUACGGACACUGUAGGGGAGACAGCUGCCUACAGUCCUAGCCCACAUGACCGAAAUGAAGUAGAGAAACUGGCUGCUGAAAGCCCCCGUCCGUCUGGUGUUCAGAGCACAGCAGGAGACCUGGCUGCAAGUCCCAACCCACCAAGCGACCAGGACACGAUGGCAGAGAUGGAGAUAGACGGGCUGGGUAUGGACAGGGAAACAACAGAGGAAUCGGAGAUUGCCGAGUCCACGAAUGCAGGCAGAGGUCAAGACACUGUGAGCGGACUGGCGGCUGACUCUUCGAGCGGUGCGACAGUGAUGGAGGCAGCAAUGCUGCUCCCUGAGAGCGCCAAUGGGCCACAGCACACCAUGGAUAAACCGAUCAGUUGUGACAUUGCAGACUACAUGGCGACAGACAGCACUGCCACUGGUCUGGAUGUGUACGAGCAGGCCAGCGGUGAUUACGGGGUCCUCGAGGCGGAGGACAGCAUCCCACCGUACCCCACAGACUUUGAGAAGUAUUGGAAGAUAGUUGAGGACAAUCCAUACGAUUUCACAGGCUGGACUUAUGUCCUGCAGUAUGUGGAGCAAGAGAAUCACAUCUGGGCCGUGCGGAAGGCAUUCGAUGCGUUCUUCGCCCGCUAUCCCUAUUGUUAUGGCUACUGGAAGAAAUAUGCUGACAUUGAGAAACGCUUGGGGUUCACCAGAGAGGCAGAGGAGGUUUACCAGCGAGGACUCCAGUCCAUCCCACUCAGCGUCGAUCUGUGGGUGCAUUACAUUACAUUUCUACAGGAGAUCCUUGAUGCUACCAAUCCUGAAACUCCUGGUAAACUCCGGAGCGUAUUUGAAAUGGCAUUGGCUGCUGCUGGCACAGAUUUCCGCUCUGAUCGUCUCUGGGAUCUCUAUGUGAACUGGGAGAAGGAACAGGGGCAGCUGAAGGCUGUGACUGCCAUUUAUGACCGGGUGCUGUCGAUACCCACUCAACUGUACAGUCACCACUUUGAGAAGUUUAAGGAGCACGUGCAGAGCUACUCACCAAAGGACAUCCUGUCCACCGACGAGUUCCUCAAACUGAGGUCAGAGGUCGUGAGCAGCCUCGCGGCAACUGAAACUGAGGGCGACGAGGGCCCCCCUGGAGACGACCCUCCCCCCGGGGUGGGGACCACCGAUGAGGAGAAGGCCGACACAGAGCUGGAGAAGAUCCGAGCCCACCUGGCAGCCACCCGACACGAGAUGUACCUGCUGAAUGAGGAGGAGGUCAGCAAGAGGUGGAAUUUCGAGGAGGCGAUUAAGCGGCCGUACUUCCACGUUAAGCCCCUCGAGAGAGUGCAGCUGAAAAACUGGAAGGACUACCUGGAUUUCGAGAUUGCCAGUGGCACUAAUGAGCGUGUUCUGGUAUUGUUCGAGCGCUGUAUGAUCGCCUGUGCUCUGUACGAGGACUUCUGGAUCAAGUAUGCCAAAUAUCUCGAGAACCACAGUGUCGAGGGGGUCCGCAAUGUUUUCCAGAGGGCCUGCAUGGUUCACCUGCCCAAGAAGCCCACCCUGCACCUGCUGUGGGCUGCCUUUGAGGAACAGCAAGGUGACCUUGAGGAAGCCCGCCGUAUCCUCAAGUCGUUCCAGAUGGUAGUGCCCGGGCUGGCCAUGGUGCUGCUGCGGCGCGUGAGCCUGGAGCGUCGCUGCGGGCACCUAGACCGGGCGGAGGAGCUCCUGCGCGAGGCCAUCGAACAGCACGGGGGCACGGCCCUGGCCUCUUUCUUCUCCAUCAAGCUAGCCCGGCAACUCCUGAAAGUCCAGAAGAACGUGGUAAAGGCCCGGAAGGUGCUGCUGGAGGCUAUCGAGAGGGACAAGGACAACUCCAAACUGUACCUCAACCUGUUGGAGCUGGAGUUCAGCAGUGACAUCCGUGUGAAUGAGAGCAACAUCUUGGGCUGCUUCGAGCAGGUGCUGGUCAGCACUCUCCCCCUCGAAACCAAAAUUGUCUUUUCCCAGCGGAGAGUCGAGUUCCUGGAGGAUUUUGGCUGCAAUGUACAGAGUUUAUUACACGCCUACGAUGAACAUCAGAAACUCCUUAAGCAGAACUCCAGUAAGAAGCGGGCGGCUGAGAAUGGCACUGAGGAACUCGAGGAGAAGCGAGCAAGAAUGGACGAUAGCUCCACGAUCAGCACUGUAACAACCAGCACCAAUUCCAGCACCCUCAUGAGCGGAGACGUGACCAGCAGCCAGGCAGCAUACAACUACAGUGCGUGGUAUCAGCCAUAUGGAUCGUACGGAUAUCAGAACCCAUGGAACUACAGUCAGUAUUACCCACAUAGCUGAGACGGGCUGGUGGCUUGCAGGAGUAUGAACUGUGUACAUACUGAAAACAAGGGACCGGUUUCUGUUUACCCAACCUUUUCUAAAGUCCCUCGGCCAUCAAACACCAUCCCCAGCCCUCGAUGAGCAGGAAGACACAGCCAGGCACAGGUGUCGGAUCUGCGAGGUCUUUUUAUUUGUUGUGUGGCUGUGAUGUUGCCCUGAAGAAACCUGUCCCGUUUCAGGGAGACCAGGCAUCUUUGUGUGCAGUUCCUUCAGAGAGUGUUCCCAUCAGGCAUCCUUCCUUCCUCGCCCUCCUCUUCCUCAUGUUUAAUAUGAAGAACAUGAAGGCAAGAGCAGCUGCGUAAUCUGUAGGAGGGUUUCGACUAACGUUUGGCAUAUUGUUCUGUGUAAACUUGUGCUCUCCAAGGUGAGGGGUUUAGAGAGCAGGCUCCCUACCCCUGCCCCCACCAGCCCUGCUCCUUUGCCGCCUCCCUCACCCAGUACCGCCCACAUUACAGUAUGGAGCCGGGGCUGCUCUGUACAGCAGAAGAGAGAGAGGUGAGUUGAUCCUUUCAACUGCCUAGGGCUGGCGAGAUAGCUGCCUAAUUUCUACAAGCAGAGGAGCUCCUUUUCAGUAAUCUCCUCUGGCUCCAGCAACAGCGCUUGCUGCAUCUCAAGGUGACAGCCUGCAGGUAAGUUAAUUGAUUUUCCUGGAGUGGGGUGGGGGCUUGGAAUUUGAAACGAAGCUAAAUAACGUAGCACAGAUACAGCACCCUGCACUCGGAAAGUGCCUUGAGUUUCCAUGCUGGGCCAGACAGGGAUUUCCAGUGCUCGGGUGCACUGUUACACAGAAUAUGGGAUUCUUGAAGCAGUUUGACAUCAGUUUUGUGACAGCAGGGAAUCGAGAGCCACUGCCGCUCUAAAAGGCUGUCUUAUGUCUCCUACCCUUGUCUUUCUCUGCCUGUGCCUAUCUCAGCCACCUUCUUUUUGAAGGUGCAAGCACCCUGUGACCCAGAAUCAGCCACUAACUGCCCGAACACACGGAGCUCCUGAUGAUGCACCCUUUCUCCACGAACCCCCAACCCCAACACUGACCUUUUUACUCAGCUCUCUGCCCCACCAGGUUUGAAAAGGCAAAGCUGCCAGGAGCGAAACAGAGUGGGUACAUCCCGCACGUGGGUCCCGGCUGGAGAGGAUCCUCUCCUGGCUGAAUGCCCUUGACACAGCCCCACUUCAGGUCUAACACUAACCGUGCUCUCCCAUCCCUUUCUGCUGCUACUGUAAUGGACAGGUUCUCGCCAGCGUUGUCUGUUUGUUGUUGCACAGCGCCGAUGGAAGUCUGAGAGUUGGCACAAGUUGAUGAGCCAGAGAUUUGUGUCCUGCUUUGCAGCCACUAGUGACUGACAGCAGAUCCCAUUCACCUCCAAUGUGAAUCCAUUUUUUUUCUUAUGUACAAAUUCUUGUUCAGGCAAAAACGAACACAUUUUUGCAAGUAACAAUUUUUUAAUGAAUGUAAUGUUUUUUUUCUGUGAAUGGAUGGUGUAAAUAAAAGGAAGAUUGGAGACA